AUGAAGCAAUUCGGGUCGUUUCGCGGCGGACAGACGCGCGAUUGGCAACACAUCCGAACCGACCGUCGUUUCGGCGGUCGCAGGAGGCUGGGGACAGCAAUCAUGGGGGCAUAUGGAAACAUAGGCGCCGGUGAUACGCUGCUCUCCUUCAGCACUGAGCGGGCAGAACCUUUCUUCGAAGAAUUCUCUUUUCUUUCGCGUCGAAGGGCACUCUCCACGCUCCAGAGCCUCAAUGACUAA